CUGAUACUUAUGUUUUAAGUUAAAUAUUAACCAGAUUUAAACAAGCUCAAGAGCAUUUCAAAGUAAGGCUAACCUGUUGGGCUGGUAUACAAGAAGGAACUGAAGCACCGAAGAAUAGGCAUGGGGAUACUUUAUUCAGAGCCCAUUUGCCAGGCAGCUUAUAAUAAUGAUUUCAAUGAAGUUCAGCUCCUUUUGGAGAACAACAGCAACUAUCUGAACAUGCAGGACAGCUUUGGUGGAGACACACCCUUAAUUUGUGCAUGCAAACAGGGGAACAACAGAAUAGUUAGCUAUCUUUUACAAAGAAAUGCUGAUGUCAACCUCAGAAACAAGAAGGAGCGCACUUGUCUGCAUUAUGCUGUGAGAAAACGAUUUAAAUUCCUUGACUACCUGCUUAUCAUCAUCCUCAUGCCGGUUAUGCUCAUUGGAUAUCUUCUCAUGGUCUCAAAGACUAAGCAGAAUGAAAACCUAAUUAAGAUGUUGCUGAGAGCUGGUGCUGAUGUUAAUGCUGCAGACUUUUCUGGUAGCACAGCUCUUCACUAUGCUUGUGAAAUGAAAAACCAGGCAGUUAUUUCUCUAUUGCUUGAAGCUCGUGCAGACCCUUCUGUUAAGAAUCGGGAUGGGGAGACUCCCUUGGAUAUAGCAAGAAGAUUACAGUUCAGCAACAUUGAAAGCAUGCUAAAGAAAGCUUCCUAGUGCCUGAUGAGAUGGUAUCAAGGGCUCUGGAAUAUGAGAAAAUUACUUAGUCUGGCAAUCUGUCUUGCACAGCAGCAGCAGUAAUCCUGCUGGAGGCUGGUAUUUGUCAGAGGCCUUGUCCAAAUCGAUCCAUUCUUUGCUGCAAACUUUUGACUGUUUUGUGUGUUGGAGAGCUGUCGGUAUUCCCAAAGCCAUAUGGCUGGAAGUUCAUUUGAUUUUAGUAAGCCUUGAAUGUUUACAGUAAUAUUCAAGAUAUUGCUCCUCCCAUCUCCUCACCCAGUUUUAUUGCUUGACUUGCACAGGCUGUGGAUUUUGAAAGCUAGCUAUAUUAUUUCUGGAAACCUAACAAAUUGCACAUCAUGACU